GGAAGAUGGUACCACCGGAAGCAAGCAGUAAAGGAACUGCAUAGCACAUUGAUACGACUGCUUAAUGAACUCUUACCAUGGGAACCAAAGCUAAUGAAAGCAUUUCAAAGAAACAGGUCUAGGUUGAAGAAGGACUAUGAUGACUUUAAAAGACAUCCAGACCAUGAUAAAUUUAACAGAGAAUUGUGGAGUAAUGAUGAAAGUGAAGUUGAUUCUGGCAAAGAUUCUUUUGCACUAGUAUGUGGUAAAUCUUCAGAGUCUGCAGAACAUGUGGAAGUUCCCCAAAAAGAUCACCCAGACAAUGAUGACAUGAAACUAUUAGAGAUGAAUUUACCUGCAGGAAAAAACAGAAUUCUGAAAAAGGAAUCUACUUCUAAAGAAAUACAGAAGACACUGGCCAAAUGUGUUAAACGACAGUCCAAGCAAAAUAGUUGUCUGGAUCAAAGCACUAAUGAGCUGUCACCAAGGAAGAAAGCUAAGCUGAGCACUAAUGAGGCUGUGGUCCAGAGUUCAGAAAGCAGCCUGCAGCCAAAUAGUUGUUUGACUGAGCUGAAACAAUUUGAAGAGUCAACUCUAGAAUCCUUUUCCUUGACAGAUCCUGCAACAUCAGUAUCAAACUUUCAGAAAGGGACCAAACCCGUCCAGGCCUUGCUUGCUAAGAAUGCGGGAAACAAAGUGACCUUAACAAAUCAACUGUCACCUCCCCCAGGCAUAAAUGUAUCUACUUCUGAAAAGCCAAUUUUGUCACAUUUGGAAUCAUCACUGAUAAAACCAGCAUUGCCCUGCCAGACCAGUUCAAAGACUCCAUUACAAAUGGUAUACAGAAUGCCAAAUGGCCACUGUGUACCAAUAGAUCUCCACAACAGCUCUGUGAAAAUUCAAAUACAACCUGCGAUUGACCCUAAAACUGGUGAAAAAGUCAUGCAACAAGUUCUUAUUUUACCUAAGAAUUUUCUUGUUCAGCAAAAGGAAGGAAAAAUUGUGUCCAAGGACAUUCAGUUACUACAACAAAAACCAUCUGAGCUGCACUGUACAACUUUACCAGAAAUAUCAAAUGUCAGUGUUUCUUUAACACCUCUUCUAGUCACAGGCCCUGCAAAUGCUACCACUCCAUCACCUAGUACAGUUCUAAACAAGACUAUUACCCAGUUGUCAAAAGUGACUGGUCCCAUGAACACUACACAACCGCUGCCUUCUGUAACUUCAGCAGGUAACUUAUUAUCAUCAACAGUUAAGGUGAGCCAAACUGAAACCGAGAAAAUCAAGACUACAGUUUCAACUGCCACAUUCCCUGUGUCUUUGACUUCAGCUACUCUUUCCACAGCUAGCCAGUCUGUGGUAUCAGCAACAGCAUUAAGUGGGUCUACAAACACUGCUUCUGCCUGCCAUAGUCUUGCAUCACAGCAGACAACUGACUUCUUUGAAACUAGGCAAGAGCUGAAGACAGUGUGUAUAAGAGAAUCACAGUCUAUUCUGGUCACAACACGAGGUGGAAACACGGGAAUUGUUAAAGUGCAAACAAACCCAGACCAGAUUUCACCUAGCAGUUUAUCUUCUAGUUCAGUUUUCACUUACACACCUCCACUUCAGGCCUUUUUUGUGCCAAAAACCACAGCAUUAUCAUGCUCUUCUCCUCCAUCUGUAGCAACAGCCACAUCUGGUCUCCCACAUAUUGGACAACCGUCUCUUUCUGGGUUUGUCCCCUCAACAUCAUCUUCUGUUAACAUUCCAGUUUUCCCAGCUGAUUUUACCCAGGCAAUGGAGAAGAAUAUCAAAUUCACAUUACAGGAGCCUGCUGUUGGGGGUACUUUGGGUCAAGUAAUGGAGAACUCCUGCUAUGUGUCCUCUCCUCCUUUAUCCUCUAUUUCAUUAGCUAGCAAUUUGAUGUCAGCAACUCCAAACAGUCCUGUUGGUGUGACUAGCAUUGGACAAAAUAACACUGUCAUAACUCCCAAUUCUUCUGUGCAGCAACAAGGUAAUACUAAAAUUAAAACAAAUCGUGUUAUACAGUCUGAGCCUAAUUCAGCAACAAAUGGAGAUUUAAUCAGUUUUACUCCAGUCCAGAAACUUACAUUAGUCACAAAUCCACCUAUUUUAUCACCCUGCGGCACAUCAGGAGUCAGUAUUGUACCAUCUCCAGCAUCCACUGGUAUUAAUGCUCAGAAGGUGGUUUUCAUUAACACACAAAUUGCUAAUGGUCCGUCAACCACCAAUCUAGUUGCAGAGUCAUUGAAUCAUAACCUUCCUUCUUCCCUAAGCAAAACCUUUGUUAGUGCCACAGAGCAACCACAGUUGGUUCUGAUCCCAUCUACAGUAAGAGCACCAAUAAGAAUAAAUUCAUCACCAGCUAUUGCUCAAGUAAAAGAUGUGAAAAUUGGACUAAAUAUAGGUCAAACCAUUGUAAAUACUAAAGGCAAUGCACAACAGGCUCCACCAGUUAUAUUGCACUCUGCCAUUUCUAAGGGAGAAGACAAAAAGAGUAUGGGCUUGGCGCUGUCUUUGACAAGAAGUGGUACGUUGGUUCCUGUUGCAAGUUGUGUAACUCAAAGUGCUGCAUCAGUUAAUGAAUGUGUAUGUGUUGCAACAAAAGCCGAAAAUGCCUUUACAGUAACAACAGCAAAUGCAUGUGUAGAAUCUGUUUCAGUAACAUCAAGUGGGAUGACUUCUGGGACACGGCCCACUGUCUUGAUUGGUGGAAAUGAUCCCUCAAGAAUAAGGCCAGUUCUGGGUAAUCAACUGUGUACGUCAAAUAUUGGAAAUACUGUGGGUAUAUCAACUGUGAAAACAGGACAUCUUGCUUCCUCUGUGCUGAUUUCAACAACACAACCAACAGUAUCUCCUCAAAAUUUAGCAUCUGCUUUGCAAUUCCCACUCAUUAGCUUACCUGGAUCUGUAGCGACCCCCCACAAAGUGUUACAUACAAUUCCUCAGUUGGCAGCAGUUCCAGUUCCUCCUCCAGUACCAAAAAGCCAGUUGCCCACACUGCUUCAGUUUCAGUCAUCAGGAGUUUCAGCUUCUAUGCCAAGUAAUGCAGGCCUUCACAAUCCUCAGAGUGUGUUGCCCCCUCCAUCACCAAAUACAGAUGAAGACAAUGAAGUACAGAGUUCUCAUAGCAACAGGGAAGAACUGAAAAGAGGAUCCUUGGUCCCCUGA